AUGAUGUUAGAUGCUUCAGCUGGAGGCAGCAUAAAUACUAAGACUGAAGAUGAGGAUUAUGAAUUGAUCGAGAGCAUGGCUAUGAGUGAGGUGAAAUUGGACAAGCUAACAAAGAUCAUUGCUGCAUUUCCAAUGGGGGUAAGGAAUGUUUCUCAGACUCAACAACUUUGCAAUUUAUGUGGUGGUGACCAUAUCAAUGGUCAAUGUGCUUUCCCUGAGGAGUUGCAACAGGAUGUUAACUACAUGGGAGCCCAGUUUCAGUACAAGCAAGGUGCUUUCAACCAAGGUAGUUCCAGCCAAGGUUGGAAGAACCACCCCAGUGUAGGGCAAAAUCAGAAUAAUUCUUCUGGACCUAUAGGAGGCUUUCGACAACAACAACCAUCACCUCUAUGGCAGCAACUGUCUAAAAGGAUAGAAACCACCGAGAAGAAUCAGUUUAGGGCUAAUACUGAUGUUAACCCUAAGGAUGAGUGCAAAGCUAUUCUGACAAGCCAUAAAAGGAAGGCAGAAGGGGAACCAAUUGAUUUUGAAAAUAAUGAAAAAGGAGAUAAGGAGAUGAUGAGUGCUAAUGAAGUCAAUGAGAAAGGAAGCAGUGAAGAUGAAAUUGAGCUCACUGAUGAAGAAGAGGAUCCUGAAGAAGACGUUAUUGAGCCAGAGGAGGAAGAGGAAGUUGAAUUCACUGAAGAAGAAGAGGAGUUUGUAGUUCAACCUCAAAAGAUGAAGCAUCCACCUAAGGUAGAAGAUCCAGGAUGUUUAACAAUCUCAUGUGUUCUGAAUGAGUGUGAUGUAGGGGAAGCCAUGAUAGAUUCUGGAGCUAGCAUUAAUAUGUUACCCAAGCAUUUCUUAACAAAGUUCAGAGGUCUAGUGCUGAAACCAUCUAGUGUUAUUGUGAUGGUAGCAGAUGGAUCCAUGGCAAAACCACUUGGUAUGAUGGAGGAUGUUAUUGUGCGUGUGGAGCAGCUUGAGUUCUUAGUUGAUUUUAUUGUCAUGGAUGUGGAAAAUGAUGAAGAGAUUCCUGUACCUGUGAAUCAAAAAGGAAGAUUCAUCCAUCCUGAACUAAAGGAAGACCCAUUCCAACCAGGUAUUAAAGUGAAAUAUAAGAAGAGGAAGUGGGUAGUAAAAGAGCUAAAGGAGAAAGGGAUGAUAGAGAGUGAGACACCAAACAGUGGACAUAUCAAGCAAGUGGAUAAAAGAAAGCUGAGAAUCCGGUGUACUGGAGACACCAACAAGAAGGAUAACACGUGA